AUGAGUAGUCCUGUUAAAAACAUUGCCUCAAGCCCUUUGCAACCUUCACUAAAACAUAAUUCAUCACCCAUAAAACGAGGAAUGAAGACACUGACAGACAACCCUGAUCUUGACGUCUUAGCGAAACAAUUGAAUAUCCGUGGCCAGGAUAACACAACCAGCCCCACCAAAACUGCCUUGCUAAGAGAACGGUUUGAGUCUCCAUCAGUCACUGUAUCAUCAUUUAAAAGUCCCCUGAGUAUAUCACCGUUUAGUUCGGUUGGAUCCAAUGGGUCUACAACAAGCCCAACUAAACGUAAUUCUACUGUUUCCGAUAAUGAGUUGACUCCUAGUUGGGCUAAUAAAAACUAUAGAGACAAUCUCAAAUCUCCGUCCAAAUUCAAAUCCAAUACAGCUACCACAUCUAAACCUACACUUAAGCCAUUGAAUGAACCAAUAUCAACUCCAAAACCAGAGCCAACCUCCAAAUCUAGAACUUCAAGUCCUGUAUUUAACUCACCAACCAACAACUGUUCUCGUGACUCCCCCGGCUAUGAAUACUUAUGUCGUAUCCAAGCUAUCAAGUCGUGGUUAAUUCAAGUAUUGCAAGAAGACAUUGAGCAAUCACCAGCCACGUUAAUCUCAUACAUUAGAAAUGGGAUCCAUUUGGCAAAAUUAGCCAAUGUCAUAUUACCGAACAAACGAAAUGUCUUUCUUAAGGAUUCAAAAUUACAAUUCAAGCACACCGAAAACAUCAACCGAUUCUUUACUUUGUUGGAUUUCUUGAAUGUUCCUGAUUUAUUCAGAUUUGAAUUGACCGAUCUUUAUGAUGCUAAAAAUGUCCCCAAGGUUUGGUUUUGCUUACAUGCGUUGAGUUAUAUAUUGAACAUAUCUGAUCCAACUUAUCCCAAGAUUGAAAGCGUGGUUGGAAAACUAGAAUUUGAAGAUGAUGAUAUAAGAAUUGCCAAUCGAGCCUUGAUUGGUGCGCCAUUGCCUAAUUUUGACAGUGCAGAUAAUGGUAAGGAAGAAGAAGACAAUACGUAUAUGAAUAAGAUUACUUCGCCAGCAAAGGUGCCUACCCGUCAAGAACCACCAAGGCAAGAUCCAGUAUUUACAAAGAAACCAUCUCCUAAGCAAACUGUCCUUGUUGAUCCAUUCAGGGAAGAAGAAAUUGAAGAAGAGCCUGUGGAGUCCCAAUAUUAUACCCCAGAACUUCAAACCCACUCCGUCAACAUUAUAAAAUUCCAAUCCUUGGCUCGUGGUGCCAAUUUUAGAUAUUCCAUGUUUGUCAAAAAGAUUAUGUUGAAGUCAUAUCAGGAUGAAUUCACUAUGUUGUUUUCUAUAAUUCGAGGUAAUCAUGCUAGAUUGAAGACCAUACAUAGACACCGUGUUGAAUUAAGAGUUUACACUCCUGAAAUCACACAAUUACAAGCUAUUAUUAGAGGAAAGUUUAUUCACAAUAAGAAGCCUGAAGUUGACACAACCAAGAUUACCACUUUCCAAGGUCAAUGUCGAGGCAGUCUUGUUAGAAAGAAUACUAGCAAUAUUAGAAAAGUAUUGGAACGUGAAGAAUCAAAUAUUGUUAAAUUACAAUCUCGUGUUCGAGCAAGUUUGGUCUAUUAUAAGACCAGCAAGGCCAUUGAGAUCAAAAACAACAUGUUGUCAUCCAUAGUGGGUCUUCAAUCUGGUGCUCGUAGAUUAUUAUCCCAAAGGAAGUCCAAUUCUUGCAACAUAGAUGAGGAGUCAAUAAUAACCAUCCAAUCAAUCAUCCGUCAUAACUUGGUCAUUGAUGAUAUUAACUACAAACAUGCGAAAAUCAGAAACAACAAGAAAAAUAUCAUUGAGUUCCAAAGUAUUGCAAGAGGUGCCAUUGCUAGAACAAGAUUGUGUAACACUGUGUUGAUUAAUUUAUUGUUUGAAGAUGAGAAUUUGAAUUAUCUCUAUGCUAUAGUUAGAGGAAAGAACUCGAGAAGGGAAUUCAAUGAGAAGAAACUAGAAUUGAAGAAGUAUGAGCAUACUUCGAUUCUUCCUGUACAAACACUCUUCCGUGGUGUGUUAUGUCGAUUUGCCAAGGAGAUUAAAUUAGAUGAUGCUUAUCAACAAGUCGAUUCCCUUAUUCAUUUACAAUCCAUCUUCCGUGGUCAAUUGGUAAGAAAGGAACAUAAGCAAUUAAAGAAAUAUUAUGAAAGAAAUGUGGGUCUUGUCAUCAAAGCCCAGGCUAUUCUACGUCGUGCAUUUGUCCAGAAUGCCUACCAGGCAUUAAUCUCUUCCAAGAAUCCUUCACUUACUGUGAUUAGAAAAUUCGCCCAUUUGUUAUCAACCAGUGAUCGUGAUUAUGAAGAAGAGAUGGAAUUAUCCGAAGCUAAGGAUGUGAUUAUCGAAAAGUCAAAGCGUAAUGAAGAAUUGGAAAAUCAGAUUGAUCAUUUGGAUAUCAAGUUGAAAUUAUUGGAUAAGAAUAAAAUCACUAUUGAAGAAUUUUCCAAGCCUAAUAAAUUCAAGAAAUCGACUAAUGUGGUUACAAAUGCUGUCAAUGUUAAGAAUUUGGAAAAGAUGAAUAAAGCCUCUAGAAAGAGAAUUGAAUUAUACCAAACAUUGUUCUACUUUUUGCAAACUAGACCCAAUUACAUGGUUAGAUUGUAUAAUACGUUAUCUUAUGAGGAGAAGGAUACCAAGUUUGUCAAGGAAUUGCAAAAUUAUAUUGUUCAGUUGUUCCCUGUUCACAAUGCCUCCAAAUCAAGGGAAGAGUUCUUUUUCAUGAAAUUUAUCUUGAGCCUUAUGGAAAGUGAUAUUAACAGAGCUAGGAACAUCAGUGAUAUUACCAAAUCCCAGUUGACUUUCUGGAUUGAUUAUUUCUUACAAUUUAACAAUUCAUCAGUACAAAGGCAACAUUUGAAAUUAAUCAUGGGUAAAUUUGUCGUUAGAUUAGUUGAGAAUGAUGAGAUUGAUUUUGAAUCGGAUCCUACCCUUAUUUACAAUAGCUUAAUUGAGCAUGAAAUCAAGAUUCAUGGUUCUUCAAGUCGCGAACGCCACAUUUCUCCUCAAGCAGCCAUUAAACAGGCUGAAGUUUCUUCAAAGUUUGUUGAAAAUCUUAUGGGAUUGCGUGAAACAUCGACUACAUUGUUAACAUUGCUUGAAACCAAUAUUUCCAGAAUUCCAAUUCACGUCAAGGUUAUAUGUAAUCAAGCCUACCAUUUAUCGCAAGCACAGUUCCCUGACAGAACUGACCAACAACAUUUGGCCGUUGCUGGAGUUGUAUUCUUUAAGCAUUACCUUGCAUCGAUAUUGCACAUUCCUGAAAAUUACGGGAUUUCCACUAAUGAUCCAUUUGAUCCAAAGAUUCAGAAUAAACGUGCUCGAGGUAAUUUACUCCAUUUAAGUCGGGUCAUGCUCCAAGUGUUCUCGAUGAAGCCAUUCUCGGAUAAUUUCCUUAAACCAUUGAAUGAUUAUAUUGUAUCCUCGACUGAAUCGGUGCGUAGUUUAAUUCGUCAAGUUAUCAAUGUGCGAGAUAUUGACGCGGAGUAUGAAUUGAAUGAGUAUGAGGAUAUUGUUAUUAGCGAUCGUCCUGAAUUGACAAUGAAGAUAAACACCAUGAUAUCAUUGGAGAAGAUUGUGUCCCAGAAUAUCGAUUCUAUGGUUCCAGGAACUGAUGAUCAGUUGUUGCGGGUGGUUAAUGAGUUGGAUAAUUUGGUUAAUUCGAGUCACGACAUGAUGUUUUUGACUGAUCUUGGUGCAUUGACGCUUAAUCUUAACCCAGCUACUAAUGAGGAUUCCGUGGUUGAUGCCAAGACAAAGACUUUGUUUACCCAGGUGAAGAGGUGUAUUUUGUAUAUCAUUCGGAUCCAACCUGGUGAUGAAUUGUUGGAGUUGUUGAUUUCAGGGAUCCAGCCUGCUGACGAGCACAAGUUCAAAGAGAUUGUGCUUGCAGAGAGAAGAGAAGCUGAGGAGUCGAAUUUGAAUGAGAAGAAGAGGCCAUACUAUAAAUCAUCACUUGGUGAUUUGACCAAGAUUACCUACCAUGACUUGAAGAAGAUGGCGUUGGCGCAUAUCUUGGAACUUGAAUCUAUGGGAGAACUCAGCAGACGUAACUCAUUCCAAGAGAUCUUGAACCAGAUUGCUGUUGAUAUCAAGACGAAGGAUACACAAAGGGAGAGAAGGCGUCAACAAUUACAUGUUAUCCGUGCCACCGCGGGUAAGUUGGCAGAUAAAGAGAGGUUUCUUCGUAAACAAUUGGAGGAUUACAAUAAACAUAUCGAGAAUGUGCUUUUGCAAUUACAAACCAAGCCCAAGGAUAAGAAGAUUUUCAAUAUCAUUCCUGUUUUCAGUAAACAAUAUUUCUACCAUCGUGAAUUGAGAAAGCGGAAUAGAUUGCCUAGGUUUGGUAGUUACAAGUAUUCAUCCAAACGAUUAAUGGAACAACGAGUUUUGCUUGAUGUUGGUGGGUUGAUGACUCGUUAUUAUUGCAAAUCUUCCAAGUUAGACUUCUUGUUUAGUUGUCAUGAAGUUGGAAAGUUCACCAUUGAAGCUGCUAAUGGUUCCGUGGCCAUACCGGGCGCAUCAGGGACACUCACCUUGGAUGAGAUCUUAACCCUUCAAUAUGAGAACAUGCCCAAAAUUGAAAUGUUUGAAGGACUGGCGGUAUUUGAUAGUUCAAAUCUUAUUGCAUUGUUAUUUAAAAAGUUUUACGAUAUUAGAGAAUAA